CGAGGCUCAGAGAGGCGAGUCGCACCUGAUGGUGGAGGGUAGUAACCCUCCCUUCCCUUCGGCGGGCGGGAGAGUUAGAUAGCCACUCAAGAAAACACCAUGAAAGAUACUGACAUCAAGAGACUACUGUAUGCCCAUCUUUUAUGCAUAUUAUCAAUUAUCCUAAGCAUCUUCAUUCCAUCAUUCUUCUUGGAGAACUUCUCAAUAUUGGAAACACACUUGACGUGGUUGUGCGUCUGCUCUGCUUCUGUAACUGCCCUCAAUUUAGUAUUGUAUUUAGUAGUGAAACCAAAUGCACCUUCUAAAAGAAGUUCAUUAUCAUACAAGGUAACCAGAUUUUUGAAAUGCUGUAUCUACUUUCUUAUGUCUUGUUUCUUCUUUCAUGUAAUUUUUAUUCUAUAUGGAGCACCACUAAUAGAGUUGGCAUUGGAAACAUUUUUACUUGCAGUUACUUUGUCUACUUUUACUACCGUACCUUGUUUAUGUUUGUUAGGACCAAAUUUGAAAGCAUGGCUAAGAGUUUUCAGUAGAAAUGGGGUUACAUCCAUUUGGGAGAAUAGUCUCCAGAUCACUACAAUUUGUAGUUUUGUAGGAACAUGGCUUGGAGCCUUUCCUAUUCCACUCGAUUGGGGAAGACCAUGGCAGGAAUGGCCCAUCUCCUGCACGCUUGGAGCGACCUUUGGCUACAUGGCUAGCCUUGUUAUUUCACCACUCUGGAUAUACUGGAAUAGAAAGAAACUUACAUACAAGAACAAUUAAUUGGAGCAGAGGGAGAAGAUAUUUCUUUGUGCAGAUUCCAUAAAGACUGUGCAGAAAUGUAUAUGGUCUAAGCCAGGCAGUUCCACUUAACAGCACUGUUUUUUAUGUAGUUACAACAUGAUGUGAUUGUAGCUUUUUAAACUAUGAAAACCCUGAGAGAUUGUACCUUCUAGUUGAAAUAAAGUAUUUAUAAUAGA